ACAAGGGAUGGAGUUAAAUUGGUUCUUUGGUUCAAAGAUGAUUCAAACAGACCUCUGUACACCUAUGAUACUCGAAGUAAUGGUGAUACUACAGCCAGACACUGGUCCAAUACAUCAGCUCUAGCUGGCAGUGCAUUCUUUAGAGGAGGAGACACUACCGGUGUGCUUGUCAUAGAUGGUGUACAGGCCUCUGAUGCUGGUAUGUACAAGUGUCGAGUGGAUUUCUUUAAAGCACAAACUCAAAUAUCUAGAGUUUCUCUUCAUAUUAUAGUUCCCCCUGAGAAGCCCCGGAUCUACAAUGAGCGUGAUGAAGAGCAGAAUAUAUCUCUGGGUCCCUACAGAAUAGGGGAGAGGGUUGUGAUCAAGUGUGAAACCUGGGGAGGAUCCCCCUCACCACAGCUUUUCUGGUGGAGAGAUCAUUCCCUUCUUGAUUCUAGUUAUGAAACUCUAGGGGCACAAAAGGUGGUAAAUGUUCUGGUUCUGGAGAGACUAGAACGAACUGAUCUUCAUUCAAUAAUAACUUGCCAGGCUUCUAAUAACAAUCUGAGUACUCCUGUCUCUACCUCUGUGAAAAUUGACAUGCACUUUGGUCCCCUGACAGUCCGAUUGGUAAAGGGACGUGAAUCUCUAUCUGCUGGAAAAAGCUAUGAAGCCAAAUGUGAAGUUAUUGGGGCCCGACCCCCUCCAAGAGUAACCUGGUGGAGGGGGGCUCAGCAAAUUAGAGAAAAUAUUACAACACAUACCUCUCCAGAUGGAAAUGUGACUCUGAGUACAAUCACCUAUAUACCAACUAUUCAGGACACUGGAAAGUUUCUGGGCUGCCGGGCAGCUGACCAACAAACUGGAGAGGGAAGUAAAGAAGAUGGAUGGAAACUAAAUGUAAAUUACGUUCCCCAGACUGUUCUAGGACUUGGUUCUAGUUUAAAUGGUUCGAAUAUUCGAGAAGGAGAUGAUGUAUAUUUUGAGUGCAUUGUCAGAUCAAACCCUCGACCUUACAAGAUAACAUGGAGAAGAAAUGAGACUCCGUUAGUUCAAAACCUAGGAUUAGGGAUAAUAAUUAGUACUCAGAGUCUAGUUAUACAACGAGUGGGAAAACACCAGUCAGGGAUAUACACAUGUGUUGCACACAAUACCGAGGGAGAUGGGGUCAGUAAUCCAGUUACAUUAAAUGUUAGAUAUGCUCCAUAUUGUAAACAAGAUCAGCAAUUAGUUUAUGGAGUUGCCAGGUUUGAGAAGACGACAAUAUCCUGUGAGGUUGUUAGUAAUCCUGGAUCCGGGAUCAGCUUUCACUGGGCAUUCAACACUAGCACUAACAGGAUUAGUAUAGACCAGAGUAAAGUAAAGGUGGAUGGUUCUAUAUCCACAAUAGAAUACACACCAAGAACUGAGUUGGAUUACGGUAGUAUGAUUUGUUGGGGGAUAAACUCUAUUGGUGUACAACAAAACCCCUGUAUCUUCCAUCUUAUACCUGCAGGGAGACCAGAUCCUCUUCACAACUGCUCUGUACACAGUCAGACCUUGUCUUCUAUGGUGGUCACGUGUGGCCAUGGAUUUGAUGGCGGACUGCCACAACUUUAUCAGCUGAUUGUCAGAACUGGAAACUCCCAUGCACUGGUUCAGAACAUUACUUCAUCAAAACCAUAUUUCUUGAUUCAAGAUCUAAGUCCUGGAGAAGGGUAUAUUGUAACAGUUUACUCCAAGAAUAAUAAAGGCAGGAGUGAACCAAUGACUCUUCAUGCAUUUACACUUCGUGAUGAACCCAGGCAUAUAGUUGCUGAUCCAAGCAGGCAGCCAGGAAACAUGACGAUGACCCCAGUUCUAGGAAUCCUAAUUGCUAUUGCAAGCGGCAUAGGGCUGGUAGCAAUCUGUAUAAUAGUUGUGAUGCGUCUGAAAUAUACUCAUGGAUAUCAGAAUGCAUCACAUCCCGGUUAUCCUGAAACCCAUAUACAGCUCAAUAAACCAGUUCUCAACAAUCCAGAUGUUAUUCCAGCAGAUAAAGAAUAUGCCGAGGAAGAGGCAGCUUUCCAGAGUUUUCAUGAGACUAAAUACGCCACUAUAGGGAGAAAUAGAACAGAUGUUGAGAACGACCGCGGGCGAGGAAUCAGGCACAACCUUUCUAGAUUGAGUCAAGAGGUAACCUACGCUGAACUAACUUUACCACGUGGGAAAGGAUACACACAGAUGCACAGAUUGGAUGACUCAGGCGUCACUUAUGCAAGUGUAAACUGUAAUUCUCCGUCUACUCUGCAAGGCUGUCCGUCUCCUCUUCCAGAAGACCUCCGUGCUCCUUUGGAACCCUUAAGGAGAACUGUAGUUUGGACCAAUCCACUGGACCAAGAGAGUACUGUUUAGUCCAGUUGAUUGCUUGUAAAUCGUCUGUGAUAAUCAGGUUGGUGACUCAGAACUUUGAUUGAGGAAGCAAGAAUCAUGUAAAAAUAUUUAUGCCAAAAUGUUUUUCUGAUCAUUUUUAAAUAAAUAAAAUGUAAAUCUUUGAAAAAUGAAUGUCAAAGUGAAAAUGAACAUUCUUCAUAGAGACGUUUAUACAUUAACAUUGAACAAUGUUGUAUAGGAUGUUUAUACAUGAACAUUAAACAAUGUUUUAUUGAAAGUUCCGAACGCUUCCAAGGGCUUUGAUCGUUAAAUAUAAGUUAAUUUACAAAUGACUUGAAAAUAACUUAAACUUGUCCGAUUCUAUGUUAAGAUUUUUAGUUCAUUCAAAAGUUCCCAAUUUUAACUGAUAAUUUUAAAUUUUAUCAUUUUUCACUUUCUACCGAAGAAUUGAUUUAGACUUGUAAAUAUGUAUAUGUGUCAAAUAUACUCAACUCACAACUCCUCGUUCUUUUAUUUAUAAGAAUAAAAAUGUUUUAUUAUUUUUUAAUAACUUUACCAAAAUUAAGUAAUGUAAACUCUAAAGAAUAGAAAUAAAUGU